GUGGUGCAGUGGAGUUCGAACGUACAAGGACUGGAUGACUGGCGGGCUACUCUGAUAAGCCACGGUGAUUGUAUUUAAAUGUGUGUGAUAACCUUGGGACACCGCUGUUCCUUUUUCUUGACGUUUUUUUCCGGAGAUCUGCAAACUAAAGCAAGAGCUUCAGGAGGCCCAAAAAGCAUAAGUUGAAAAUUGGCUUUCCUCAUAUUGUAAGAAGGUAAUGAUAUGAGAUAGAAAAAACCCAAUUUUACGAUGAUAUUCCCGUAUCAAAAGUGUUGGCGUCAAAUGCGACUUGACAUGUUCAUUUCAUGACUACAUUUAUGGAGUUUAUAAAGCACCAGAUCUAGCUCCUGCUGAAAACGCUUUAUUGUUAUCAAGUGGUGUUCAAAUCGCGAUUUUCAAGUGGUGUUCAGGUCGAGAAGUUCAUUGAGGAAUACUUGAUUCGAUCGAUUUUCUGUGCCUGGGGCGCUGCAGUGCAAAGCCACGCAUCCUGGUCUUCCCGUCAGAUCGCAAUGAAGCAUCAGAUAGGCCGGUUGGCUUUUGUGGAUACAGAGGGGUCCUGCUCGUCGGGCUAACGAGGCCAGUAUAGAGAAAGUUGCCUUCUCUACCAAUGUAUUCAUAACUCAGCCAUGGGUUGUGCCAAAACUAUCAACAUGUAUAUUACUACGUAUAUUGUGUUUAUUUUGAUAUUUUUCCUGGGAUCAAGGGAUUAUGUGAUUCUUGUCAAAGCGGAUAACUUCACAUUGGGUUACAUCCCCACUCUUACAUUUCUUGGGGAAACUUCGAAAAACCUGAUGAGUAUCCCAGGCCGGCUGAUAUCGGGUGCUAUGACUUUAGCUCUUGAUGAUAUUAACAAUAGUACGACUAUUCUUGCCGGUCAUAAUCUCAGGAUGAUGUUCAUGGAUAAUGCAAAUGAUGAUCUAAUCAGUAUCAAUGCUUUGUCUUUGAUGUGGAAGAAUGGAGCUGUGGCUUUCAUUGGACCAGAGAAUAGGUGUAAAACUGAAUCAAAGGUGGCUGCAGCCUGGGACCUGCCAAUUGUCUCCUUCAAAUGUAACGAAGCUCCUGAAUCGAACCGAACGUACUCCACAACGUUCGUGCGCACAGAGCCUUCGAUCCUCCAAUCUUCAAAAUCAAUCGUCUCCCUUCUCAAGGCCUACAACUGGACCCGUUUCUCAAUCAUUGCCGAAAAGAAAACAAAAUAUCUCACGACAACGCGGACGUUACGGCAAUUAGCCUUAAGUAACAAUAUGAACAUCAACCAUGAGAUAUAUUUUGAAAACAAUGCCAAUCCGACUGUGUUCAAGGAGGCGAUUAUGUCAUCGUAUGCCAAGACGAGAAUUUAUGUUGUAGUUGCUCCGAAGGAUUCACUGGUUGAUUUCGUUCUUGACUUCGACAACUCUACAGAAAUCCCGAACCAAGACAAUUAUGUGAUAAUAGGAGCGCUGGAAGAGACCGACGAUCUGGCAAACUCGAACACGGUACUAAUGGCAAGAGCCCAAGACAAUUCUUUCAAACUCCCUCCCAAGCACAUAAACGCGUUCAAAAGAGCCUUGAUAUGUGUAUAUGGAGCGCAAACCAAUCCAGAUUAUGAGCAAUUCAAGGAUAAUGUUCGAAAGUACAACGGAUUACCGCCGUUCGACCAACCCGUUCCAAUUAGCUUCAAACUCAAGGUGCCCAUUUUUGCAGCAUACCUUUAUGACGCAGUCAUGCUGUACGCCAAUGCACUUGACCGGGUAUUAGCCCGAAAUAUCCCAGCAACCAGUGGCCGAGAAGUGUUCAACGAAAUGGUUGGGAAAGUUUACGAAAGUAUUCUGGGUUAUAAAGUGUACGUUGACAAGAAUGGCGAAGUGGAGGCGAAUUAUACCGUGAUGUCACUUCAGCAACACAAUUAUACCGAAGUCUUUGGAGAGGUUACAAUUACCACAUUGAAACCUGCAGGGAGAUUCUUCCUCAAUGAAAACUACGAUAUUCCGAAAUUCCGUAACAUCGUGGACAUCUUCCCUCAUGGUGCUCCACUCGCAGAGCCUGUUUGUGGAUACGAGGGCGAGAAAUGUCCAGUUUACAAAGACAUCACCAUCAUGAUCGUGAGUGGCUGUCUCGGAAGUGUCGUGUUUAUCGUUCUCGUGGCCUUACUAAUAGUCUACAGAAAUUGGCGAUAUGAACAGCAGUUGGCGAGUCUUAUCUGGCGGAUAAAGAUUGAAAGCCUGCAGAUGAGAAGACCAGUAUGUGCUUCAACCUGGUCUUACGGGGCGAAAAGUGAGAUGAGUCUCCAAGGUUCAACCAACUCCGAAUACGGCCCGGUAACGAGUAACAACACGGGCGUAUACAAGGGCAACCUCGUCACCCUUGAAUGGAUCGAGAAGCGCCACCUGGAUAUGACAAGGGAGGUUAGGCUGGAACUCAAACAGAUGCGGGAUAUUCGACACGAUAACUUGGUUACGUUCAUUGGGGCUUGCAUCGAUCCGCCAAGAAUAUGCAUCGUGACGGAGUACUGCGCCAAAGGGACCUUGCAGGAUCUACUGGAAAAUGAUGAUAUCAAGCUUGACGUAAUGUUUACUGCCUCUCUGGUAGCAGAUCUGAUGAAGGGUAUGAUCUACAUCCACAACAGCGACGUAAAAACUCAUGGUAAUUUGAAAUCCUCCACAUGUUACGUCGACAGUCGCUGGGUGUUGAAGAUCUCAAUGUUUGGCCUCAACAAAUUCAAGUAUGUUCCCCCAUCCGAUUACCAAGUGCUAGACCAUGCACAUUAUAGAGAGUUACUUUGGACUGCACCAGAGAUUUUACGCUGUAAAAGCCAUCCACUUGGAGGGACACAAAAGGGUGAUAUCUACUCCUUUGGUAUCCUGUUGUAUGAAAUACUGGGCCGUUCUGGACCGUAUGGUAACACGCUGUAUGAACCAAAUGAAAUCAUCCAAGCUGUGAUUGAAGGUGGAGCACCUGGCAAGCAAUUCCGUCCAGACAUUGCUGAACUUCCCGACUGCUCCGAGUAUGACUGUAUGAUUGUUGUAAUGAAGGAGUGUUGGGCGGAGAAUCCCGAUGAACGACCGGACUUCUUCAGCUGUCGGGCCAAACUCAAGGCGUUGAGGAAAGGAAUGAAGCCAAAUAUCUUCGACAACAUGAUUGCAAUGAUGGAAAAGUAUGCAAAUAACCUCGAGGACCUGGUGGCUGAGAGAACUAGGGAACUUGAAGAGGAGAAGAAGAAGACAGAUAUGCUCUUGUACAGGAUGCUACCUCCAACUGUAGCCGAGCAUCUAAAGCGGGGAGAACCAGUUGCACCAGAGUCGUUUGAGAUGGUCACCAUCUACUUCAGUGAUAUCUGUGGUUUCACUGCUAUGUCGUCAGAGAGCUCGCCGAUCCAGAUCGUGGAUCUUCUGAACGACCUGUAUACAUGUUUUGAUGCCAUCAUUAAGGGCUUUGACGUGUAUAAGGUCGAGACGAUAGGUGACGCUUACAUGGUGGUCAGUGGCUUACCCAAAAGGAAUGGCCUUAAUCAUGCAGGUGAGAUAGCAUCGAUGGCUUUACGUCUGCUGAAGAAAAUCAAGGUCUUUAGGAUCAGCCACCGCCCAAAUGACGUCCUCAAACUUCGUAUUGGAUUACAUUCCGGACCCUGUUGCGCUGGCGUGGUGGGGCUAACGAUGCCUCGGUACUGUCUAUUCGGGGACACCGUAAAUACAUGCUCGCGUAUGGAAUCUACCGGCCAAGCAUUGAAAAUCCAUCUGAGUGCCGAAUGUAAACACAUCUUAGACAGACUGGGAGGGUAUAAAAUAGAGGAAAGAGGCUUCGUCACCAUGAAAGGUAAAGGCGAACAGUUAACGUAUUGGCUAAUCGGUGAAGAAGAAAGCGUGCGCCAUGAGAGGUUGAACAGUAAUAAAGAAAGUGGCAUAGGGAGCAUGAUUGACGGCCACAGUGACAUUGACAUGAAGAGACACCACGAAGCCGACGGCAUCGUGGUAUGUGAUAGAGUUCCGCUUAUAUCAUAUGAACAAGGUUCACCCAUGUCCGAUGUUGAGGAACACGUGAACCCUGGGGCAGAUAGGACUGCAUCAAAACCACGCUCUGCCUCAGAUAUAGAACUGGUGACUUUCAACGACACGAGGCGAAAGUCGCCCGAGAAUCGGCCAAAUGGGACGGAACUGCCAACCUUGCCAGAGAUUGUCACAACAUGACGUCAUAAGGGCCACCUGUAUUUCUGUCCAUCUGAUUAAUAACUUCUGAUAAUAUCCGUGAUUUAAUCAGUAACUUACUGCACAUGUCAACUCCUUGGGGCAAACUGUCAUAUUGUGUAUUAAACCAAUGAGUUUCUAUUGUAACGUUAAAGUUUUCCUGGUAAAACAUAGUUACUCUACUGGCAAGGACCGCAACUGGGGUGUCGUGUUUAAAACAACAGACUUAAACUGAUACCUUGAAUAAUUGGUAACAGAAAUCAGACAAUUUGUCUUUCUUUCCGUCUCAUCAUUCAUGCUAUUCUGACAAUAUCUGUAUUGUUUGUUUAUCAUUUUGUACUGAACAUCCCGAAGCUCUGGAACAAUAACAGCUGUGAACAGCUUUUGCAAAGAAGGAUUGAAAUAAGAGCGUUUCGAUUGUCACAUCGUAACAUCAUUAUAUGUGAGGCCACUAUUUUUAUCUGGACCCUAGCCUGCCACAGUCACAUUGUGACUGCUCAUAGCAUUGUGCAUCGCUUCAUGUUUUAAACUAAAUGUGGGACUAAUGAUGAUUAUAAUUAUCCGGGAGGCAAAUCAUUUGAAAGACGGAUGUCAUCAGUGACAUUGGACAAUAACUGCAAGACAGAUUUCUUCGAGUUGCCCGCCAUGAUUCUUCAUGGGCAAGUGCACAGUAUUGAGUAUGAAUAUGGUUGUUGGCCACAGACUCCGACCGCCAGCGACCGAGUGCCGCGCACCCAUAAUUCGUUUGCCAACUUAGGCCGGUUUUCAUUCUCCAAACGUCAUUACGUAACUAUCGUUGACAAGGACGUCUCACUCGCUUUACUAGUGUCUAAAAAGCGGCAUAGGAGGAGGACCGAUGACUGGGAGAUUGGUAUGUUUCGCAACUCAAAAGAGCUACGAACGACGAAGUACGAAGUAUAAUGUAUGUAAAACUACUAAAGCAGGACUUUAUCGACGAUUCUCUUUGAAAAUUACCGCGAUCCUCGUGAAACUGUCUACAGAAGAUGAUUAAAGAGUGUCAUGUAAAUGAAUGAGCACGAUACUUAAUGACGCGACAGGCGUUCGUACUUCGUCGUUCGUCGGGUAUUGCAGACAAAACUCCAAGAUCGGAAGUCCCUUCACCGUGGCUUUAAAUCAUUUGCAAUGUAUAUUAUUGUUUAUUCAUUACGAAAUUUAUAGAAGAUGUUGAAAUGAUAGAUAUCAAUUAAACUAAAAUGUUACU